AUGCCCAUUAGUAACAGUUCCAUAAAUAUUUGUGACUUUAAACAGACGCGAGUGAGGAAAAAAAAUAAAUAUGACCUGAUUGGAAGAUUCAAGAAUUUGGUAGUCAACAGGAUCUCUUUCCCGAAAAAACUUAAUACGGGGUAUGAAGUGACGAAAAACAACGAUAUUUACGUUUACUUGAGGGGAGAUCUCAUAGAAGCCAACGACUUUCUCAAGAGGUACAGCCUCAGGUGUAGGUACACCACCAUCGAAAAUGAAGAUACUGGAAGCAUAGCAGUCAUUGAGAUCUACAACGUAAACGGAAAUUUAUCGCCAGAGGAGUUGGAAAAGAGGAAGAAUGAGGAGAUCUACAUCCUCUUUAGUCAUGGAAAUAACACUGAUAUAGGCCACAUGUUCUUCAAGUAUACAAGGCUGUGUGCGUUUCUGAAUGUUAACUUGGUAUCCUAUGACUACAGUGGAUACGGCCACAGCUCGGGGAAAGCGAGUGAAGGUAACAUGUACUCGAAUAUAGCGAAUGUAUACAAGUACAUGACGAAUAAGAUGAAGCUUGGGCCGAGGCAGAUAGUGUUGUAUGGGAAGGGAUUAGGAUCAGCUCCAUCAUGUUACUUAGUUAGUGAACACUAUUGCUAUCCAGUCGGAGGACUGAUUCUACACUCGCCAAUCGCAUCAGGACUGAGAAUCUUCUUCAAGUCAAUCAUUAAGCAUCAUAGUUUAGACUCAUUUGACAAUACCGAGUUCCUCAAAAACUGCCCCUUAAUCCCAGUAUUUCUGAUGCACGGAAUUUCUGAUAACCAGAUACCGUUAGAACAGGCAGUUGAACUCACUUGCAUAAUCAAGGAAAGUCAUGAGUUGAUAAGGGCUGAACGACUCAAGCAAAUUCAAGAAAAUAAGCUAGAGAAGGGGUCAUCAAAUGAAAUGGCGGUGGAGGCCACUCACCUAAACCAGGAAAAUAUACAGGUAAUUCCCCGAGGAAGGUUCUCCCAAGUUAUUCAGGACGCAAGGAAGGUUAACCAGACGAAUCAGUACGUUAAAACGUGGUGGAUUGAGGGAGCUGGGCACAACGACAUUGAGAAGACCAAUUCUGCAGACUACUACGACCACUUAUCAGAUUUCAUUAAUUUAUGUAAAAAAUGGCAAAAGGAACACAUAUCAAGUUGUUAAGAAUCGAUAUAAUAUAAUAUUAAAUUCCAUUAGAGAAAAUCAAAAUCUUACAGUUUACCAUUAAGUUACACUAAUUUACUGGCAUUAAA